GUGUGGUACAACAUGUUUAACUUCGUAGCAGAUAUGCCGGAGGUGGAGCCGGUGGAUGUAUUUCUGGGCGUGGCUAGGUUCUUCGUGGUGGGCAUGGGGGGUCUGGGCUUUGGUGUCAUCUUUGGCUUCGUAGCCUCCUUCACCACGCGUUUCACCUCUAACGUCAGGGAGAUAGAACCCCUCUUUAUCUUUAUGUACAGCUACCUGGCCUACCUUGUGGCAGAGCUGUUCUCCAUCUCCAGCAUUAUGGCGUGAGUGACGGAAUGAGCAUGCACAUUGUGCCUACACACACGUAUACAUGCAGGAAAACACACAUGCAUACACUAAAACCCACACACACCACUGAUGACUCUGUGUUACGUCUGUCCACAGCAUUGUGACCUGUGCCCUGACCAUGAAGUACUAUGUGGAGGAGAAUGUGUCCCAGCGGUCCUGCACCACUAUCCGCCAUGUGGUCAAAAUGCUGGGCACCAUCUCAGAGACCCUCAUCUUCUUCUUCCUGGGCGUGGUCACCAUAACAACGGAACACGAGUGGAACUGGGGCUACAUCAUGUUCACACUGCUGUUCGCCUUCGUGUGGAGAGGCCUGGGUAAGAGGGGGAGAGUGUGUGUGUUUUUGGGGAGAAGGGGGGGGGGGGGGGUGCAGAGGCUAUGACAAAGUGUCUUGUGAGUUCACUUAGAAAGAUGAGCCAAUCUGUGCAGUGCCUUACUCAGGCUGAUCAGUUUGAAUAUGGAGUGAAACAUCCUGAUUCUCACCUUUAACCUUUCACCCUUUACCUCCACUCCUCCCAGGUGUCCUGGUGCUGACCCAGAUCAUUAACCCUUUCCGUACCAUCCCCUUCAACUUCAAGGACCAGUUUAUUCUGGGUUACGGUGGCCUGCGAGGGGCAAUCUCCUUUGCCCUGGUCUUCACCCUUCCAGACAGCAUUGGCCGCAAGAAACUCUUUGUCACCACCACCAUCUGUAUGAUCAUGUUCACAGUCUUCAUCCAGGUAGGAGAGAAGUGAUCCAAAAGUGAUCCAGAAGUGAUCUAGAUGCCUGGUUUAGUAAUAACUAUCUGACCAGAACCAUUGAUAUCCUGCUCCUGUCCACAGGGAAUCAGCAUACGGCCGCUGAUCGAGUUUAUCAACGUCCGCAGAACCAACCGCAACCUGGACACCAUCAACGUAGAGAUCCACUCCAGGGUAGGUCAAGAAAUAGUGUUUGUUUGUUUUCUUGUCAUUGGGCUGUUGUUUUUACUGUACAGUGCACAGUUCCAGUCUGCAGUAUAUGCUAUGUUUUGGCUCACUGUGUGUGUAGCCACCUGUAACCCCUCCCCUCUCAUCCCUCAGCUCAUGGAGCACACCAUCGCUGGGGUAGAGGACCUCUGUGGCCAGUGGAGCCACUACUACUGGAAGGACAAGUAAGAGCUUCUUUUUCCUGUUUCAUCACUUCCUGUCCACCUACUCCCAGGGUACCAUUGUUUAGGGAGGCAGGUCUGGUUUGAAUACCCGAGCCGACAAGGUGAAAAAUCUGUUGAUGUGCCCUUGAGCAAGGCACUUAACCCUAAUUUUGCUCCAGUUGUGCCGUACUAUUAUGGCUGAUCCUGUUAAACAACACAUUUCCCUGCACCUAUCUGGUCUAUGUGACAAUAAAAUAUAUAUUUUUUCUUAUUUUUCUUAUUUGGCUUCCUCUCCUCGUCAGCUUUCAUACAUCUGCUCUGACUACUUACUUAAAAGAUGACUUCCUUAGGGGCAUCAUUUGCCUUCACCUAACCUGUGUUUAAAGAGCAGUAAAGAUGAAGUGAAGGAAGUGACUUUUGAUGCUACAUAUUAAUCAAAUGUCACUGGUUGUAUAUUUUGUUUCCUUUUAACAUUGCUCAGUCCCUACCUGUUUCCCUAGUGAACAGGGGGUGAGAUUAAAGUUUUUCUGCGUUCUAGAUUUUGCUGUCUGCGGUUUUUGUUUUUUCAUUGCCAUUGUUCUGGCUGUGAAAGCAUGGCUUGACAUUUUACUGGAAUUCGGUGUCGUGUUCCUUUGAGCUGCAACUUUCUCAUGAGUGGCUUCUACUCUUCCCCCUAUGUCCCAAACAAAUGUACGGUCCUUCCACACACCUAGAGUUGGUAUAGUAACAAUACACCCCCACCCCCUCCAUGACCCAUAUCCUCACUACACCCCUCUGUACACCAGAAAGUGUUUGUCUGGAAUCCUUUUUAAGUCAGCUUAGGUCAACUCUCCUAGUCAGAACUUGUCGUCAUACCAGGAAGCAAAGCACAUUCCCUCUCUCCUUUAGUUUCCACGACCAUACACCACUUAGCCUGUUGGAGGACUUUGGGAGGAGCUUACAUCUAUCCAGUUUCUAUAACUUUGUGUGAACACCAAGGCAUGAGUUUAAUAUUGCUUCCAUGGGUAUUAUGAAAUGCCUCUGUCUGUGACUGUCUGUGAUAAUGUUUAGUAUCUGCCCUCUUUGUCAGGUUUCUGAAGUUUAAUAACCGGAUCCUGCGUAAGAUCCUGAUCAGGGAUAACCGGGCAGAGUCUAGCAUUGUGGCGCUGUACAAGAAGCUGGAGCUGCAGAACGCUGUGGAGAUACUGGACACAGUGUCUGGAGACAUCAACGCUGCUCCUUCCAUGGUCUCUCUACAGUACGUUUAUCUACUCUCUCUGAUCUCGAUAUAGGGAUCGAUAUCGCUAUAGAAAUAAUCUAGAUGGCUCUGUCGGAGUGAGAGAAUGCGGGAGAGAAGAGCUAGAGAUUGGGGAGAAGUAGAGAAGUAGAGAGAGAGAGAUAGAGCAGAGAUGAGGGGUUGGAGGCGAGAAGAGGAGAGAGGAGAGAAGAGAGAAGAGAGAGAGAGCGUAAAAAAGAGGACCGAGAAAGCGAAAGAGAGAGAGAGAGAGACGAGAGAGAGCGAGAGAAGCGAGGAGUAGGAGAGAGAGAAGAGAGAGAGAUGUUCUCUAUAUCUAUCUCUCUGUUAUAGUCUAUAUCUCUCUCUAUAUAUAUCUCUCCUCCAUCUAUAUAACCUCUAUUUGUCUCGCUCUCUCUCUUUCUCUUCUCUCUCUCUCUUCUCUCUCUCUCUCUCUCUCUCUUCUCUCUCUGCUCUCUCUCUCUCUCUCUCUCUCUCUCUCUCUCUCGUUGAAAUCAAAUCAAAUCAAAUUUUAUUUGCCACAUGCACCGAAUACGACAGGUGUAGACCUUACAGUGAAAUGCUUACUUACAAGCCCUUAACCAACAAUGCAGUUUUAAGAAAAAUAAGUGUUAAGUAAAAAAUAGAUAAGGAAAAAAGAAAAAUAACUAAUAAUUAAAGAGCAACAGUAAAAUAAAAGAACAGUAUGGAGGCUAUAUACAGGGGGUACCGGUACAGAGUCAAUGUGCGGGGGCACAGGUUAGUCGAGGUAAUUUAGGUAAUAUGUACACGUGGGUAGAGUUAAAGUGACUAUGCAUAGAUAAUAUUAAUCUACACACAAUACGCCAUAAUGACAAAGCAAAAACAGGUUUUUAGACAUUUUUGCAAAUGUAUUAAAAAUAAAAAUCUUUACAUAAGUAUUCAGACCCUUUGCUAUGAGACUUGAAAUUGAGCUCAGGUGCAUCCUGUUUCCAUUGAUCGUCCUUGAGAUGUUUUUACAACUGUAUUGGAGUCCACCUGUGGGAAAUUUAUUGGACAUGAUUUGGAAAGGCACACACCUGUAUAUAUAAGGUCCCACAGUUGACAGUGCAUGUCAGAGCAAAAACCAAGCCAUGAGGUCGAAGGAAUUGUCGGUAGAGCUCCGAGACAGGAUUGUGUGUCGAAGGAAUUGUCGGUAGAGCUCCGUGACAGGAUUGUGUUUGGCCGCUCGGCCAAACUGAGCAAUCUGGGGAGAAGGGCCUUGGUCAGGGAGGUGACCAAGAACCCGAUGGUCACUCUGACAUCGCUCCAGAGUUCCUCUGUGGGGAUGGGAGAAACUUCCAGAAGGACAACCAUCUCUGCAGCACUCCACCAAUCCUCAGUAAAAGGAGGCCCGCUUGGAGUUUGCCAAAAGGCACCUAAAGACUCUCAGACCAUGAGAAACAAGAUUAUCUGGUCUGAUGAAACCAAGAUUGAGCUCUUUGUCCUGAAUGCCAAGCGUCACGUCUGGAGGAAACCUGGCACCAUCCCUACAGUGAAGCAUGGUGGUGGCAGCAUCAUGCUGUGGGGAUGUUUUUCAGCGGCAGGGACUGGGAGACUAGUCAGGAUCGAGGGAAAGAUGAACGGAGCAGAGUACAGAGAGAUCCUUGAUGAAAACCUGCUCCAGAGCGCUCAGGACCUCAGACUGGGGGCGAAGGUUAAUCUUCCAACAGGACAAUGACCCUAAGCACACAGCCAAGACAAUGCAGGAGUGGCUUCGGGACAAGUCUCUGAAUGUCCUUGAGUGGCUCAGCCAGAGCCUGGACUUGAACCCGAUCGAACAUCUCUGGAGAGACCUGAAAAUAGCUGUGCAGCGACACUCCCCAUCCAACCUGACAGAGCUUGAGAGGAUCUGCAGAGAAGAAUGGGAGAAACUCCCCAAAUACUGGUGUCAAGUUUGUAGUGUCAUACCCAAGAAGACUUCAAAUCAAAUGUUAUUUGUCACAUACACGUGUUUAGCAGAUGUUAUUGCGGGUGUAGCGAAAUGCUUGUAAAGGACACUUUCUGAAGAAUACAUAGAAAAACAAAAUACCGCAAAGUUUCCUAAGAGCUAGUCGCGAGGCCGCCAUCCUCGUCGGCGCCAGGCUGUAAUCACUGCCAAAGGUGCUUCAACAAAGUACUGAGUAAAGGGUCUGAAUACUUACGUAAAUGUGAUAUUUCCGUUUUUCAUUAUGGAGUAUCGUGUGUAGAUUGAUGAGGGGAAAAAACUAUUGAAUACAUUUUAGAAUAAGGCUGUAACGUAACAAAAUGUGUAAAAAGUCAAGGGGUCUGAAUACUUUCCGAAGGCAUUGUAUAUACAGUGAGGGAAAAAAGUAUUUGAUCCCCUGCUGAUUUUGUACCUUUGCCCACUGACAAAGAAAUGAUCAUUCUAUAAUUUUAAUGGUAGGUUUAUUUGAACAGUGAGAGACAGAAUAACAACAAAAAAUCCUGAAAAACGCAUGUCAAAAAUGUUAUACAUUGAUUUGCAUUUUAAUGAGGGAUAUUAGUAUUUGACCCACUCUCAAUCAGAAAGAUUUCUGGCUCCCAGGUGUCUUUUAUACAGGUAACGAGCUGAGAUUAGGAGCACACUCUUAAAGGGAGUGCUCCUAAUCUCAGCUUGUUACCUGUAUAAAAGACAAUCAAUCAAUCAGUUUCCAAACUCUCCACCAUGGCCAAGACCAAAGAGCUCUCCAAGGAUGUCAGGGACAAGAUUGUAGACCUACACAAGGCUGGAAUGAGCUACAAGACCAUCGCCAAGCAGCUUGGUGAGAAGGUGACAACAGUUGGUGUGAUUAUUCGCAAAUGGAAGAAACACAAAAUAACUGUCAAUCUCCCUCGGCCCAGAACUACACGGGAGGAUCUUGUCAGUGAUCUCAAGGCAGCUAGGACCAUAGUCACCAAGAAAACAAUUGGUAACACACUACGCCGUGAAGGACUGAAAUACUGCAGCGCCCGCAAGGUCCCCCUGCUCAAGAAAGCACAUAUACAGGGCCGUCUGAAGUUUGCCAAUGAACAUCUGAAUGAUUCAGAGGAGAACUGGGUGAAAGUGUUGUGGUCAGAUGAGACCGAAAUCGAGCUCUUUGGCAUCAACUCAACUUGCCGUGUUUGGAGGAGGUGGAAUGCUGUGCCUAUGACCCCAAGAACACCAUCCCCACCGUCAAACAUGGAGGUGGAAACAUUAUGCUUUGGGGGUGUUUUUCUGCUAAGGGGACAAGACAACUUCACCGCAUCAAAGGGACGAUGGACGGGGCCAUGUACCGUCAAAUCUUGGGUGAGAACCUCCUUCCCUCAGCCAGGGCAUUGAAAAUGGGUCGUGGAUGGGUAUUCCAGCAUGACAAUGACCCAAAACACAUGGCCAAGGCAACAAAGGAGUGGCUCAAGAAGAAGCACAUUAAGGUCCUGGAGUAGCCUAGCCAGUCUCCAGACCUCAAUCCCAUAGAAAAUCUGUGGAGGGAGCUGAAGGUUCGAGUUGCCAAACGUCAGCCUCGAAACCUUAAUGACUUGGAGAAGAUCUGCAAAGAGGAGUGGGACAAAAUCCCUCCUGAGAUGUGUACAAACCUGGUGGCCAACUACAAGAAACGUCUGACCUCUGUGAUUGCCAACAAGGGUUUUGCCACCAAGUACUAAGUCAGGUUUUGCAGAGGGGUCAAAUACUUAUUUCCCUCAUUAAAAUGCAAAUCAAUUGAUAACAUUUUUGACAUGCGUUUUUCUGGAUUUUGUUGUUGUUAUUCUGUCUCUCACUGUUCAAAUAAACCUACCAUUAAAAUUAUAGACUGAUCAUGUCUUUGUCAGUGGACAAACGUACAAAAUCAGCAGGGGAUCAAAUAUAUUUUUCCCUCACUGUAUAUAUAUAACCUAGACAAUGUUUUAGAAUUCGUAGGCAGUCCAGGAUAUGAAGGUUGGAGGAAAAGUCAAUGCAAAACAUUGCUGAAUUCAAAUGUUCUGCUGACAGGUCCACAACAAUGUGCCAUUGGUUUUUCUUUUAGAAACUGUCACAGUCAUUUGCCAAAUACAGCAUACAGUGCCUUCAUACCCCUUUACUUAUUCCACAUUUUGUUGUGUUACAGCUUGAAUUCAACAUUUAUUAAAUAGUUUUUUUUCUCACCCAUCUACACAUAAUACCCUAUAAUGACAAAGUGAAAACAUGUUUUUAGAAAUGUUUGCAAAUGUUAUGAAAAUGAAAUACAGAAAUAUCUAAUUUACAUAAGUAUUCACACCCCCUGAGUCAAUACUUUGUAGAAGCACCUUUGGCCGGGAUUACAGAUGUGAGUCUUUCUGGGUGUGCCAAGUUUUUAGCGUCAUACCCAAGAAGAUACGAGGCUGUAAUCACUGCCAAAGGUGCUUCAACAAAGUACUGAGUAAAGGGUCAGAAUACUUACAGUACCAGUCAAAAGUUUGGACACACCUACUCAUUCCAGGGUUUUUCUUUAUUUUUACUAUUUUCUACAUUGUAGAAUAAUAGUGAAGACAUCAAAACUAUGAAAUAACACAUAUGGAAUCAUUUAGUAACCAAAAAAGUGUUAAACAAAUCAAAAUAUAUUUUACAUUUGAGAUUCUUCAAAUAGCCACCCUUUGCCUUGAUGACAGCUUUGCACACUCUUGGCAAUCUCUCAACCAGCUUCACCUGGAAUGCUUUUCCAACAGUCUUGAAGGAGUUCCCACAUACGCUGAGCACUUGUUGGCUGCUUUUCCUUCACUCUACGGUCUGACUCAUCCCAAACCAUCUCAAUUUGGUUGAGGUCGGGUGAUUGUGGAGGCCAGGUCAUCUGAUGCAGCACUCCAUCACUGUCUUCUUGGUAAAAUAGCCCUUACACAGCCUGGAGGUGUGUUGAGUCAUUGUCCUGUUGAAAAACAAAUGAUAGUUCCACUAAGCCCAAACCAGAUGGGAUGGCGUAUCACUGCAAAAUGCUGUGGUAGCCAUGCUGGUUAAGUGUGCCUUGAAUUCUAAAUAAAUCACAAACAGUGUCACCAGCAAAGCACCCCCACACCAUAACACCUCCUCCUCCAUGCUUUACGGUGGAAAAUACACAUGCGGAGAUCCUCCUUUCAGCCACAUCGCGUCUCACAAAGCCACGCCGGUUGGAACCAAAAAUCUGCAAUUUGGACUCCAGACCAAAGGACAAAUUUAGGUCUAAUGUCCGUUGCUCGUGUUUCUUGGCAUUCUCUCAACCAGCUUGGCCUAAGCAAGUCUCUUCUUCUUAUUGGUGUCCUUUAGUAGUGGUUUCUUUGCAGCAAUUCGACGAUGAAGGCCUGAUUCACACAGUCUCCUCUGAACAGUUGAUGUUGAGUUGUGUCUGUUACUUUAACUCUGUGAAGCAUUUAUUUGGGCUGCAAUUUCUGAGGCUGGUAACUCUAACGAACUUAUCCUCUGCAGCAGAGGUAACUCUGGGUCUUCCAUCCUCAUGAGAGCCAGUUUCAUCAUAGCGCUUGAUGGUUUUUGUGACUACACUUGAAGAAACUUUCAAAGUUCUUGAAAUGUUCUGUAUUGACUGACCUUCAUGUCUUAAAGUAAUGAUGGACUGUUGUUUCUCUUUGCUUAUUUGAGCUGUUUUUCCAUAAUAUGGACUUGGUCUUUUACCAAAUAGGGCUAUCUUCUGUAUACCUUGUCACAACACAAGUGAUUGGCUCAAAUGCAUUAAGAAGGAAAGAAAUUUCACAAAUGAACUUUUAAGAAGGCACACCUGUUAAUUGAAAUGCAUUCCAGGUGACUACCUUAUGAAGCUGGUUGAUAUAAUGCCAAGAGUAUGCAAAGCUGUCAUCAAGGCAAAGGGUGGCUAUUUGAAGAAUCUCAAAUAAAACAUAUAUUUUGAUUUGUUUAACACUUUCUUGGUUACUUCAUGAUUCUAUAUGUGUUAUUUCAUAGUUUUGAUGUCUUCACUAUUAUUCUACAUUGUAAAAAAUAGUAAAAAUAAUGAAAAACCCUUGAAUGAGUAGGUGUGUCCAAACCUUUGACUGGUAGUGUAUGUAAAUGUAAUAUUUCAGUUUUUUAUUUUUAAGAUAUUUUCUAAAAUUCUAAAGACCUGUUUUUGCUUUGUCAUUAUGGGGUAUUGUGUGUAGAUUGAUAAGGGGAAAAAAACAAUUUUUAAUCCGUUUUAGAAUAAGGCUGUAACGUAACAAAAUGUGAAAAAAGUCAAGGGGUCUGAAUACUUUCCGAAUGCACUGUACAUACAUUUUACGGACACAGCAUAUUUUAUAUUAGUUAUCUUGUUAUUUUUAGUCCCACCCUUGAGCUCCACUCAACCCCUCCUAUCUAUCUCUGAACACCAUCCUGUUUUGAUUUCUAUUUGCCAUAUAUUUUUUAACUGUGCUGUGAUGUUUCACAGAAGUUCUGAACCUUUCCAUUCUCAUAGUUUCGAAAGAUUGUAAAUUAAAGGUAAACAUUUUUGAUAAGCGUAUUAUUAAAUUAUUGAUCGAUUGGCUAUGACUUUUGAAAUGAUCCAGCAGUGCUAUUUACAGAGUUAGCUCCAGGUAAGUGUUGCAAUUCUUCAGCCAUUCCUGAACCUGCGACCAAAAACAAGCUACAUCUGGACUGUACCAAAACAAAUGAUCUAAUGAUUCUCUCUUCGCAGCAAAAUCUGCAGAGCUGGGAUGGUUGUACUUGUGUAUCAGUUCAUAAACCAUGUGCCAUGGAAUCGGUACAUCGAAAAUCUCUUCCCAACUAUUUUGCAAUCUAUACGGCACAGUUGUCCUUAAAUGCAACUGGUAUACUUUUAUAUUUAUCACAAUUUUCUUUAACCAAUUGUAGUCUUUACUGCAGGGCCGACACACAAGUUCCUUACUUUCUCCCCCUUCCACUUGCGUCUUCCAUUUUUGCGGUAAUGCUGCAAUUAGUUGGUUUUAAUUUUGGAUAUAGCAGACAUUUCCAUAUAUUUUUGUUAGCUGCAUGUGUGACAUAACGCCUCCAGUCCUAUUUAGGACAUCAUUUACAAAGAUUAUACUGUUUUUAAGCAUUCUGUUAUUUGUGUUUGUUCCUCUAGCAAGGAGAAGAAGGGCUCUGGUAAACCCAAGAGGAAGUUUGUGGCUGCAGACCUGAGGAACAUGCAUGACAUCCUGUCCAAGAACAUGUACAAUAUCAGACAACGGGUGAGUCUCUUCCUUAACUAGGUUUACCUUACGCAGAGCCCUUUUACCUUACGCAGAGCCCUUUUACCUUACUCAGAGCAGCUUUACCUUACUCAGAGCACCUUUACCUUACUCAGAGUACCUUUACCUUACUCAGAGCACCUUUACCUUACGCAGAGCCCUUUUACCUUACUCAGAGUACCUUUACCUUACUCAGAGCACCUUUACCUUACUCAGAGCACCUUUACCUUACUCAGAGCACCUUUACCUUACGCAGAGCCCUUUUACCUUACUCAGAGUACCUUUACCUUACUCAGAGCACCUUUACCUUACUCAGAGCACCUUUACCUUACUCAGAGCACCUUUACCUUACUCAGAGCACCUUUACCUUACUCAGAGCACCUUUACCUUACUCAGAGCACCUUUACCUUACUCAGAGCACCUUUACCUUACGCAGAGUACCUUUACCUUACUCAGAGCACCUUUACCUUACUCAGAGCACCUUUACCUUACGCAGAGUACCUUUACCUUACGCAGAGUACCUUUACCUUACUCAGAGCACCUUUACCUUACUCAGAGCACCUUUACCUUACUCAGAGCACCUUUACCUUACUCAGAGCACCUUUACCUUAUUCAGAGCACCUUUACCUUAUUCAGAGCACCUUUACCUUAGUCAGAGUACCUUUACCUUACUCAGAGCACCUUUACCUUACGCAGAGCCCUGUUUCUUACAUGAAUGUUUGUGCUUCCAUACCUGUGUGUGCUGUACCUCAUGUGUUGUUUUGCAUAGCCACAUUGCCUGCUGUACCUCACUGUUUUGCAUAAUGCCUGUGGUCAGCAGUACUUUUCCAUAAGUUACCUUUUGAAAAUGAGCCACUAGGAGUGUGUUUGUGUUUUUAUUGUGAUGGGAUUCUCUCUGUGAGCUUAUCUUAUCAUCUGCCCACUCCUUCACAGUUCCCCCCCCCACUAACACAAAUACACCCCUCACUGUCACAGAUCUCAUUGUAUCAUUGGUGUCGACAUUAGAUCAUGUGAUGUGUUGAUUGGCUGUUGGAACCGUUUGACUUCCACUCUCCUAAGCCGUAAAACAGGUCUGACAGCUCCCUGUCCCAGCAUGCGGCCAUAAUCAGUAUCUGUUGAUCACCAAACCCAUGCGCUAGAUCAAAUAGCCUAGGGAUGCUUAUACCUAUCCAAUCCUCUCAGAUCUACAAAAGUUAAGUAUAUUGGGUUAGGGGCUAUGGGUUUAUUACGGGCAUUGGGCAUCUCUCUGUAGUGAUCAGUCUUUUCCAGGAGAGAGGGAGGUACGUCAGCCCAUUAGACACAAACAGAGCCUGGUAUCGUUCAGAUAAGCUUCAUGGUUCAGACAGGUGAGGGUGUGGCCAGCUACGGUUGGGUGACUGCACAGAGCCACAGACACAGACAGAAGAAGGUUGUGUGGUAAAACACAAAAGCUGGCGUGUGCAAAAUCCACUCUUGUUAUGUAACCAGGAGUGUAGGCUAUAGCAGCACUCUCUCUGUAAGGACUGGUGUGUCAUUAGGUUAUUAGGAGAAUACAGCCGCAAUUAGGUGUGUGUGUCAUUAGUGUGUGUGUGUCAUUAGUGUCUGUGUCACUAGUGUGUGUGUCAUUAGUGUGUGUGUGUCAUGUGUGUGUGUGUUAUUAGUGUGUGUGUCAUUAGUGUGUGUGUGUCAUUAGUGUGUGUGUGUCAUUAGUGUGUGUGUCAUUAGUGUGUGUGUCAUUAGUGUGUGUGUCAUUAGUGUGUGUGUGUGUGUCAUUAGUGUGUGUGUGUCAUUAGUGUGUGUGUGUGUCAUUAGUGUGUGUGUGUGUCAUUAGUGUGUGUGUGUCAUUAGUGUGUGUGUCAUUAGUGUGUGUGUGUGUCAUUAGUGUGUGUGUCAUUAGUGUGUGUGUGUCAUUAGUGUGUGUGUCAUUAGUGUGUGUGUGUCAUUAGUGUGUGUGUGUCAUUAGUGUGUGUGCCAUUAGUGUGUGUGUCAUUAGUGUGUGUCUUUAGGAGAUUAAAAGCAGGGUGGUACAGAUAGAGCUAGUGUAUGUAGAAACCUCAAGUUAGAUUGGGAGUGUUUGCUGCAAUCUGUUGGCCUCUACUACAGUAUGGUGCUGUAUCAGAUUUUCUAUGCAGUGUGUGUUUUACGUAAUGUGUUGUGUGUUAUAGUGCAUGUUAUCAGACGAUAGGUGUGUCUGUUAUGUAUUAUGCGUUUCUCUGUGGGGUUUUUCAGACUACGGCGUACACCACCAAGCACUCCCUGCCCAACGACAGCCAGACAAAAGAGAUCCUGAUCCGUCGGCACACCAGCAUCCGACGCAGCCUCCGACCCGGCAGCUUCCACGGACCGGUGCGGAACACACAGACCUAUAUUAGGAACAGAUAUUAACCUAAUUUAGUAGUAAUGUUAGAACAUAUAUUAACCUAAAUAUUUUAGUAGUAAUGUUAGAACAGAUAUUAACCUAAAUAAUUUUGUAGUAAUGUUAGAACAUAUAUUUAACCUAAAUAAUUUAGUAGUAAUGUUAGAACAGAUAUUAACCUAAAUAAUUUAGUAGUAAUGUUAGUAAUGUAGGCCUAGUCUGUGCACAGCAUUUGAUGAUCUGAUAAAAAAAUAUUUUUUUACAUGAAAUCCCUUUGUUGUCCCCUGUAGCUCAGUUGGUAGAGCAUGGCGCUUGCAAUGCCAGGGUUGUGGGUUCGUUUCCCACAGGGGCCAGUAUGAAAAUGAAAAUGUAUGCACUCACUAUCUGUAAGUCGCUCUGGAUGAGAGCGUCUGCUAAAAUGACUAAAAUGUAAAAAAAAUAAAAAUGUUGUGAUCAAAGUGUAGAACCGCUUAUCUCACUUUAUCCUCCUCUCACCCCCUCCUUUUUCUCUUUCUCUCAGGAUGAGGCCAAGUCCCAGAAGUACUUUUCUCUGCCUUCAGGGAAGAGUCUGGACUCAAAGUUCCCUCCUCAGAGACUGAGGCAUACAGGUGAUGCUCAAAAUGAAGUGUGUGUGUGUCACUCUAUGAUCUCUACAAUAUUUAGGCUCUUUGCACUUCAAUGCUUGGAUCCCAAACUAAAUUGACAAUGUCUCUCUCUCAGGUAAUGGUGAUGAUGUAACCAUGUCGGAGGAGGAUUACCCAUCAGCCCGCUCCAGGUUUGACCAGCCCAGUCGCUCCUCAUCCCGAGCCAUGCUGCCCCUACGCAGGCUGAACACACUGAAAGAGGUGCCCUCUAGCUCUGUAGUGGACCUGGUGGAUGAGAGGAGUGGAGGAAGAGGUGCCUGGGGGCGUGGCAUGUCCCGACUAAACUCCUCCUCCAGUGACUCCCGGAUACCCGCCCCUCGCCGUCGCCACGACCCAUCCAACAGCCCUGGUAAUGGCUCCUCAGGUGACCACAGGCCAGAGGGGGAGGAGCAGCAGCCAUUGUCCCCGACCCCAGCCUGGGCUGCAGAGCCUGGUGACCGUGACGACAGCGGAACGCAGAAACCCCUGCUCAUGCCUCAGUGGAACACUCGGAAACCCCAGAACCCCUGA